AUGCCAUCUACCCCCACGCUACAGAUCCCCUAUAGCCAUUCUGUUUGUGCCACCCAUAUCCCAGCCCUCAGCCUUUCACCGGAUCCCAGCUUGGGCGGCUUAUUGGCCUUUGGCAACCAGGCCCUGGAGCUCCGCUGCGACACGGUGAAGCUCCUCGCCGCGCGCCGGCGGCCGUGGCCCCGCGCGGCCGUGGCGGAGAAGAAGUGGCUUCCGUCAUGUGCCCAAUGGAUCGUUCAUAUUGCCAUCGUCAUGAACGUCCUGGUCUUGCUGUUGCCCUUCGCUCUGGCGGCACAAGAGUGUGGCGCUGUGCUGGUGACGGAGAAUCUGUGCACUCUGACCACGGCGCUGACCGCGCUGGCGGCCACAGUAGGUUUUGAAGUCUACUGGUGCUUCUUGCGAUGGUUCUUGCGGCGAUGCGGAAGAAGCAAAGCAGCAGAGCGAACAGCAGGCGCCCACGAGACCAUCAACCACAUUGUGCCCGCGCCGAUGGAAGUGAAGCCGAAGUCCAUGCCUUCGCCACGGGAGCGAUGCUGUGAGUGGUUCCUCAAGGUGUUCUAG